UUUUUGCUUAUCUUCGUACAAAUAGUUGAACAUAUGAAACGCGUGAAAAAAAAAAAGUUUAAGGAAUGAUAUUAAAAUAUUGCACAAUCUUAAGAUAAAUUAAAACUUAUUGGUUGAAUUUAAACAAAGGAUAACUUUUCAAAAACCGCGUAUUUGAGUAUUCUGAUUUUCACACUCGCAAAUACUACCCGAGGACCGUACAAGGUGAAGCUUUACAUGACACAUCAAGUAGGAGCUAUUUAUCACAUUUUUUUUAUAAAAUGACUAUGGAAAAAUAAUAAUGCAGCCCUUAAACAACUCCUUAGAGUAUGAAAAAUGAACAACAGUGGGAACUUUUAUUUAAAUUACACCACAAAAGUGUAUUCAAACCAAGUCAACUUUCAAUAUAUUACUAGAAUAGCUGUGGUUGCAACAAUUUCAUUUUUAGUGUUUUUUACAAACUUUAUUCAAAGUCGAAGAUUAUGGAAAAACCGUAUACUAUUGUCAAGAAAAAGAUACUACUACUUCUACUUUCUUUUUAACUUAAACAUAGUUGCUCUGAUGUCUUCUGUUUAUAUGAUAACUAUAACCGUAAUAUUUAAAUUACCGGUGAACAAUCCUGUCUUUACAAAUGCGCAUGGAAAACUAUUUUCUUGCUUACAAACCUUACUAACAGGAGUUUGCGUGUGGACAAUUACCUUUAUGGUUUGCAAUUUGGAGCACAAUAUGUUAAAAAAGAUGACCAAAAGCUUAGUACAAUAUCUAUGUUUUAUCUGGUUAGGUUGCCUAAUUUUAUCGUUACCGAGAUUUUUUUUUGAAUAUAAUAUAUAUUGGUUAAGCGUGAUACAUUGCAGACCUAGCAUUCCGUUUAAGAUCUAUAUUGUUGUAAUUUUUAUAUUUUUUUUUAAGUUACCUUUUGCAAUAGUAAUUUACAAAAAAGUGAAGAUCGCAAAACAAGUAUUAGGAUACGCGUUGUUGCUGUAUAAACGAAGAACGUAUUCUACUAUUACAACAUUUGCUUUGUGUAUUCUUGUUGUAUACUUAGUUUGUAGUUUGCCAAUUUUUUUGUUGGAAUCGGUUGUUUUAUUUUUAGAAGACACAACCUUUCAAAAGGAGCAGAAUUUGUAUGAGCUUUUAUUAUAUUUUUCAUGGAUUAAACAUCUUUUAUUCCCGCUAGUUUAUCACGUAAUGUUUGCACAAAAUAAAUCAUGCAAUAAUAAUCAGCAAAAUCAACGUCAGCCAAAUCAAAUUUAUUCAAGUUCGUUAUGUAACAAAAUUGAUUUAACAUCAUUUUUUCAAUCUUACUGUAAUUAUCUUCUUAUUGAUAGAAACUAUUCAUUUGAAAACACGAAUUUAAAAAAUCAUAAAGAUUUAAACAAUUUUUUAAUCAGGCAACCUGAAAAAAGCUUUGAUGAAAUGACUCUGCGUAAUGAUGUCAAAGAAAAAUAUAAUAUAUCGUCUAAACAACAUGACAGAUUUGACGCUUCGUUCAAACAAACAGUAUUUUAUAUUACAUUAAAAAACAAACACAGUAAAAAAAAAGAAAAUUUGGAACUUUGUGUGUCUCUUAUUUAAACUUGAAAAAAAAAGUAUAUUUUAA